UCGGAGGAAGCAAGUAGCUUAGGACUCUCUCUCUCUCUAAGAUCUCUUUCCAACCUCUCAUUUCUCUGCCCGUCGCCAUUUCUGGAGCAGGUUUUUUUUAUUAUUAUUUGGCAGUAUUGUCCUUUGAGGGCUUGGCGCCUCCUGGAUUGUUUCUUCCCUCCUUUAGUUUUUAUUUUUGGAGGGUCUCUCUUUUUAUUUUUUAUUUUUUUGUUUGCAGGAGGGGUGGUUGGGUGUAUUUAUUUUUGCUCUAAGGUGGGGAGCAGGGGCUGAGCGUGGAGGAGAUGAGAGCCCAGGCACGGGAUGCCUGCAGCAAUCAGAGAGGAGGCUCAGAGGAUCUCCUGCUGACUUGAGAGAGAGGCGCGCGCGCACACACACACACACACACACAGGCAGAUUACUGAGGAAUUUAAGGGGGGGCGGAAAAACCCUACCAGAAGAACUCGUGGAGCCAUGAGCAGCGCUGUGUUGCUGACUCACCUUCCAGACCCCAGCAGCAGCUUCAGGGAAGACGCCCCCCGCCCCCCUGUGCCAGGCGAGGAAGGAGAGACACCAUGCCAACAGCCUGCAAGCUCGUUUGUCAUGAAAAGCCAAAGCUUCAAGGCCAUGUCAAUUUCUUCCAACCCAAGGAGGAAUGAGGAUGGUCUUGGAGAGCCGGAAGGCAGUGCAUCUCCAGACUCCCCUCUGGCAAGAUGGACCAAAUCCCUGCAUUCCUUGUUGGGGGAUCAAGAUGGUGCCUGUCUUUUUCGGACCUUCCUGGAAAGAGAGAAAUGUGUGGAUACCUUAGACUUCUGGUUUGCCUGCAAUGGCUUCAGGCAGAUGGACCUUAAGGAUACCAAAACUUUAAGAGUAGCCAAAGCUAUAUACAAAAGGUACAUUGAGAACAACAGCAUUGUCUCCAAGCAGCUCAAGCCUGCCACUAAGACCUAUAUAAGAGAUAAUAUCAAGAAGCAGCAGAUCGAUUCUAUAAUGUUUGAUCAGGCACAGACUGAAAUUCAGACUGUGAUGGAGGAAAAUGCUUACCAGAUGUUUUUAACUUCUGAUAUAUACCUCGAAUAUGUAAGGAGUGGGGGAGAGAAUCCUGCUUAUAUUAACAGCAAUGGACUGGGGACCUUAAAAGUUGUCUGUGGCUAUCUCCCAACCUUGAAUGAAGAAGAAGAAUGGAGCUGUGUGGACUUUAAAAACAAAAUCUUGCCUUCUGUAGUUGGGCUAUCCAGCAAGACUUUGAGGGUUACAGCAAAUGUCAGAGCUACAGAAACGGCUGAGAAUGGAUACAGGUCAUUCAAGAGGAACGAUCCUAUUAACCCAUACCAUGUGAAUUCUGGCUAUGUUUUUGCCCCAGGAACUAGCGCAAAUGAUAGUGAAAUAUCUAGUGAUGCCCUGACUGAUGAUUCCAUGUCAAUGACGGACAGUAGCGUAGAUGGAAUCCCUCCUUAUAGACUUGGGAGCAAGAAGCAGCUCCAGAGGGAAAUGCAUCGUAGCGUUAAGGCCAAUGGUCAAGUUUCUCUACCUCAUUUUCCGAGCACAAAGAAGGCCUACAAUUUGGAGUCCACCAAAGGGAUCCCUGGUGAGCGCCCGGCCCGCCACCACCUGUGGGGGAACAACAAUCACCCACGCGGGGCACAGCCUGCCCACCCGUUUGUCCAGGAUCCCACCAUGCCCCCGCUGACCCCACCCAACACCCUCGCCCAGCUGGAGGAAGCCUGCCGCAGGCUAGCGGAAGUGUCCAAGCCUCCGAAACAAAGAUGUUCAACCUCAAAUCAGCAGAGGGAUCGAAACCACUCAUCUUCUGUUCAGGGGGGAAAUGCCCCUUUUUGCAAUGCAAGUCUAACUACAGAAGAUCACAAAGAACCAAAGAAGCUCCCAGUGGUUCAUGCCUCCCAGUCCAGCGAGUUGGUUGUCACUUAUUUUUUCUGUGGAGAAGAAAUACCCUAUAGGAGGAUGUUAAAGGCCCAGAGCCUGACACUUGGGCACUUUAAAGAGCAGCUGAGCAAAAAGGGAAAUUAUAGGUAUUAUUUCAAAAAAGCAAGCGACGAAUUUGACUGUGGUGCAGUUUUUGAAGAAAUUUGGGAAGACGACACAAUUCUGCCCAUGUAUGAAGGAAGGAUUCUUGGGAAAGUAGAGAGGAUUGAUUGAUGGCAUCUGUGUUUCUUUAAUGCAACCUAAGCUAAAGAUGUCUUUGGACACACAACAAUAGCAGCAACAACAA